AUGGAGGCAAGGCCCGAUAAUUUCCAGCCAGAUGGUUCACGCUUUUACAUGAGACGCUUUAAGGGUAGAAGUAUGUGUCCAGUCUAGUUUAUUUGCCAUACGAAUCUUUCUCAAUGAGUUCUUAGCAAACUCCCGCCACUUUCCAAGAGCAAGUGUCUGUUGCUUUUUUAUUAAAUAGGGCCAGUGUCUUAAAAAGGAAAUUCGCCCUAUAUACUACAUUAACAUAAGCUAAAAUUCACAGAUCUUUAUUAUUAUUAUUAUUCCAUUUUUAUCUUGCCCGGAUAAAUAUAUUUUCCACUCUUAUCUGUUUUGCAACCUCUAUUACCCUUAUUAUUAAUGAAGUUAUGUCUAUAUCGUAGCCCCCUUAGGAUCUAUUCCUGAAUUACCAGCGUCAUCGUGCCAAGAGAUAAAAUUAAGUGAAGGUAAAGACAGCAUCAGUAAAAAGUACUGGUUGGAUCCAGCUAAUGUCGGGAGUUCAAAUUUGGUUUAUUGCGACAUGAGCUUGGGAGGUAAGUUAGUAUAUCACGAACAGAAUCACUUUAAACAGUGUUGGGUCUACCUUUGCACUUGCCUUUUUUGUGAAAUGUUUUCAUCUUGUCUCUGUGUUUUCUUUCCGUUAACAUCCAAUUAGACAUCGAUGAAUGCAAAAGCAGCAAUGAUGUUUGUGACAAAAAUGCAAACUGCUCCAAUACUGUUGGGUUUUAUAAUUGCACCUGCAAAGAAGGAUUUACUGGGGAUGGACAUUCGUGCUCAGGUAAAAUAGUUACAGACAUGCCGAGGCACAAUAUUUAAUUCUUUCUCGCCUAAAAACACCAGAGGUAUAUUUGAGCUAUUUACGAUCGAGUGAGUGAAUAAUAGACCAAUAAUAGCUUCCAUGCUAUAUCAGUGGACCCUUAGCAUUAAACAAAGCAAUUUUAGCAGGAACAAAUUGUUAGAUGCAAAAACGAUAAAGUACAAUCUACGGUUUCUCAGAUAUUGAUGAGUGUAGAGGAAAUAACUCCUGUCACGUAAAUGCCACAUGCAAAAACACCCUUGGAUCACAUGUAUGUGAAUGUCACCCUGGAUAUUCUGGAAAUGGACAAAACUGCUCAAGUGAAUUUUAUAUCUUUGUAACAAUAUUUAUAAUAGUCCUGCAUGACACGUGCGAAUACAGCGCCGCAUCAUUCAGCCGCGUGAACUCAUAACUCGUUUUAAUUUAUAUAAGCAACCGUUUCUCCUGUUAACGACCUUUCAGGUAAUGUUCCCAACUUUUGAACGAACAAUUUUAGUGACUGAUACAUUGUUAUUCUGCUUCUGUUUUACAACAAUGAUUGAAAACAACACGAGAAUAAAAUCGCUCGUUCGGCUCUGAACCCUGUGCACAGGAUAAAUAUGUAAGUGGUUUUCCAUAGCGCUACGUUUUCGUUCACGCUUAAGAUAUAUUUGAGGGGAGAAGUUGAAAUUUAUUAUCAUCAAGUUUUAUAAAAGAAUCAAGAUAUUACGAGCACCCUGAUUGGUUAAAAAAACAAUCGUUAAUUGCACCGGCAAACCCAUGGGAAAUGGAAGUCUGUGUUGUUGACAAUUGGAGCAAGCCUUAUGCCGUUUAAAUUAACGAAUGCCAUCUGAAUGAAUCUUGCACUAUUACCCAGGGCUCAUACAACUGUUCUUGCAAUCCAACAAUUUAUAUUGUCUUUCUCAAGUAGAAUGUGUAGCAAUAAAUUGCUUCGAGUUGACUUUCAUCCAACAUUCACACCUAGAAGGCAUAAUUUUUCGCUCUCUUACGCACAAAAUCGAAUCAGUUUAUUAUUAUUAUUAUUAUCAUUAUAUCUUAAAUGAUUUAAAAAGAAACUUACGCAGACAUGACACCUUCCGUGGAACUAGAAAAACCUUUAAGAAUCUCUUACCUAAAAGAUUUCCACAUAUCAUUAGUUACGAUCAAUAAAAUUUAUUUGACUUAUGCAAGGCAAUACGCGUUAUGAUUAUAAAUGAUUGGAUAUUGGUAACAGGCAGAGACUUAUUACACAGUAGUGGGAAAUAUUUGUGUUGCUGUUAUUAGAAUUGGUUUCUCGGAGCUGAGGAUCAAAAGUGUCUUAAACGCGUUUGGUAUCAUCCAAUUGAGGUACAAACAACUCAGGCUUUGAUGGGCGAUUAAAUAAAGAGGACACAUAAUUCUUUAUAAUGCUUUUAUUUCGUUUUAGUUCCUAUGUUCAACAUCAUUGUCCAACGCAAAUUCUUCUUUAAAAUCUAUUUAAUUCAUAGUUGUUCUUGUAAAAGUCCUAUCGGGUUGUUGUGAAACUGAUUGACUGGAAAAAUGUCAACAAAAAGAAUGUUAUCUUUGAUACUACGAUCUUUUCGUGAUGUUGAUUAAAUUCAACAGUCGACCCACGUUAUAGUUAUCAAAACCUGGGUGAUGCCAAUACAAAGAGCAGUUGCUCUUACUCCCCUACGGAAGGUAAAGUUUUGUGUGGGAGCUGCAGGAACAAGCCAGUUGUUUCAGAGCCGUCAGCUUGAAAAAUUAAAACAUUCGUGAUUAAAUGUUUGAAAUAUCUAAUUCGUGAAACACAAAAAAGAAGAAAUUUAUUAUUAUUAAAUUAAAUUUAUUAUUUAUAGUUAUCAAAAUUAAACGACUGAGGGUCCGCCCACAUUAAAGUGAUGAACAUGAUGAAGUGCAAAUAUUUAUAUAGUUUCUAAGAUAUUGACGAAUGUAAAGGGAAUCACUCUUGUCAAGUAAAUGCACCUUGCACAAAUACCGACGGACCCUAUGUUUUUGAAUGCCACCCUGGAUUUAAUGGAAAUGAUCCACCCUGCGCAGAUGAAUUUAAUCUCUUUGCUAUAAUAUUUAGAACAUUCCUGCUCGAAUCUAACAUCAAGCUGAGGUGGCCACUGACGGCCAUAUUAUUAGUUUGUCGUAUGCAAACGUUACUCUUGUGCCUUAAGUCUGCCUAAAGCUGUCCUUUAAUGCGCUGACUGAGAAAGAAGGAGUCCAGAUUCGGAUCUUGCUAAAUUCGUUUGGAUCUCCAAUAUCACUGUUUUGGCCUCUUCGAGUGAUGAUAUCCUACACAUGUACUACUUGACCCCUGAAUCAACGCAUAGUCAUUUUUCUACAAAUUUCACCACUGAUUGGUAAGCUGCCAGAAUUAUAGGAUGUUAGAGAAAACCUUGAAACAUUGAUUUUAAUAAUCUCAGUCCUUUUGCAAUUGUCAGUUCACUUUGUAGCCGAUCCUUGCUAUUAUUAUAAAAACCUGAGCGAUGCCAAUAGAAAGAUAAGUUACGUAACACCUUACGAUUUAGAGUUGUGUGACAAUGGACUUCAUAGUUCUUUUUUUUUUUCGGAAAAUUCAAGUGCCGUGUGUUUUUUUUGAGCUGAUUCUCUAAAAAUAAAUAAAUAAAAUAAAAUAAAAUAAUGUCUUUAUUCCAUCAUAAGAUAAAACUACAUAUCUUAUGUUACAAUGAAUUGAAAAAACUACAGAAAUCUACAUACAUAUUAUGAAUUAAAAAGUAUAUCAUCACAAUAAAUGGAGCUUAAAUAUCAACCUAUUUACAAAUGUGUUCAUAAAGCGCUGUGUAUUAAUUUUCGGGCGCGCGCAGCCUUUUUUCCUGAGAUUGUGUAGAUAUGUCUUUUGGACAGGAAUGAUAUCUUUCAGGGGUGGCAAUCCGUUGAUUUUAGUUUCUUCAAAAUGUUUCUGUCUUGUUUGUUUAAAAGGUUCUUGAUAAAAACUGGAAAUGAGAUAAAACCGCGUUCAUGACAUCGGUCUAAAAAUUUUUGUACAACCGUAAGAUCGGACUCAGAUGCCCCAUAGACUGAAAGUGCAUAGCUAAAAUUAGCCAAAACAAUCGAUAUAAAAAGAUGAUCAAUCUCUGCCUGAGAGUAAUGUUUCCUUUCUCAAUGUUCGUAGGACGUGUAAACACUUGUUUGCUUUGACAAGCUUAGUUCUUACAUGCUCAUCAAAUUUUCCAUCACUCUGUAAAGUUACUCCUAAUAAAACGAAGCUAUUACAUUGGGGAAUAUUAUUAAUUGGAGAGUAGAGUACAUUAUGAUUUUUCUUUCUAACAACCAGCUCUUUACAUUUGCAAGGGUUGCAGACCAUUCUAUUGUCUUUACACCAUGUUAAGAAUUGUCCUACUAAGUCGGCAGACGGGUCACUAUUCCUAGUGAUAGGCGAAAGAAUAGUGGAAUCAUCGGCAUAUUUAAAAAGCACAGGGCGACCAUUAAAAUAAUCUCCAAAUCGUUCAAAAAUAUAUUAAAAAGAUACGGUCCGCUUACACUACCUUGUGUGGUUCCUCUAUUGACAAGUUUCCACUGUCCUAAAAAAUUAUAACUAACAACACGCUGUUGUCUUGCAUAGAGGAAACUAUGAUACCAAUUGAUAAUGUACGGAUUUAGAGGUAGCUGUUUCAGUUUGGCAGACAAAAUAGCAUGGUUCACAAAAUCGAAAGCCUUACUGAAGUCCAUGGUAAAAAUUCGCACUGCGCUAUAGUCACUACUAUCUAAAUACUUGUAUGUCUGGUGCUGGAUAGCGAGCAAGGCAUUUGUGCAACUACCCGCCUGUCUAUAUGCAAAUUGGGUGUGGCUCAGGUUGCUCUCAAUGACUGACUGUGCUUGUGUACGAUACACGACCUUCUCAAACAACCGGGCAAUAACGGGAGUAACAUUAAUACCACGGUAGUCUGAGUCCUCUAUAGGCAUGUUCACUUUGGGGAGAGGGUUAACAUUUGCCCUUUUCCAGGAGUCUGGCCAUGUAUGAGUAGACAGCGACAGAUUCCAAACGUGAGUGACGAUUGGUGUGAGUAGCUCAGCACAGUCUUUCCAGAUCCAGUACGGGAGGUCGUCUGGUCCCGUUGCGGUUUUCUUUACAUGAACUAAGGUAUUCCAGACACACCGCUCAGAUAUUUUCGGGGCUUUACACUGUCCGGGAUAUCCAUAUCACUAGGUCUAACGUAAGUGUCAUCAUAGCACAGGUUGGCGAAGUAGUCGUUCAGACGAACUAGAGUUCUUGUCCAAAUUUAUCAACGAUGACCUGCGACGCUGCGAUAGGGCGUCCACGCCCUUCCACCACUCACCGCUACCAAUGGCAGCCAGUUUUCUUCUGUUCUCGGUUAUCAGCUCAGAAAUGCGCUUAUUAAAUAAAGACAGGCGUUCCUUAUUCUUUAAAGAUAUAUGGGACUUAGUCCUCAGCAUACACUUGACUAAUGGGGACAUCCAAACUGGGUCACGCGAUGACAUGCGUACAGAUUUUUGCGGCAUAAACUUAUUCAUCACUGCACGAAUCUUUACCUCAAGCACCUCGACCGCCUUGUUUAUGUCCACCUCAUUGAGGACGUCACUCCAGUCCAGCGCAGUGAGUGCCAUAUAAAAUGACUGUUUCCGAUGUUCCCUACAGUCCCGCACGAGAACUUUGCGGCGCAUAGGUUUAAGCUUUAAUCCCGCCGGUAAAACAAAGCCCUCAUGGUCUGUCUUAAUAAGCAUAUGUAUGGAAUAUGCUUGACCGAACAGAUCCGCUCGGUUGGUCAUACAGUUAUCCAAGCACGCGUUACCCCGCGUGGGAAAAUCAACCACGAAAUCCCAGCCAGACAAAGCCUUAAAUUCUUGCAUAUCCAAACGAUUUACAUCGCCACCACAGACAAUAGCCGCUUCUGGGUGUUUGUUCAACACAAUGUCCACAAAGGAUAUUAUAUAAUUAAUCAAGUCGAGAUCCCGGUAGCUAUGCUUGGGAGGAUUAUACAGGCCGCAAAUUAGCAUAAUGUGAUCGGACGGCAACUGCACUGUUAAAGCAAUAAAUUCAUAUAAAUUGGACCGAUAGACAUCCAAGACUUUAAGACUGUCUCUCACAUAGAUCGCAACACCCCCUUUUUUCCUUUUGUCCAAGUCUGCCCAACCUCUGUCCCGCCUGAACACAUUGUAAUUUGGGAUAUUCACCACGGCGUCCGGCAUAUUAGUGGAAAGAUGAGUUUCACUGACAAUACAUGUCAGUGAAAGAUGUCAAAGAGAAAUGUUUACCUUUGAUUCUUCAACAUUUUUAAAAUUUAUCUUUAAUUUUUUAAGCCGACCCAUGCUAUCAUUAUCAAAGCCUGAGUGAUGCCAACAGAAAGAGCAGUUACAUAACACCCCAGUACCAAGAGGUGUGUGAUGACCAAAUCCCUGUGGAAUGGUAUCGUUUUGUGGGAGCUUCAGGAACAAAAAUGCCAACAGCACGUGUGCCAGCAUACAGAUGUGGUACAGACUGGCCAGGCUGGUUGAAUGGUGCUCAUCCCACAGUGGAGGAUGGUGUAGUUGACAGGUCGGUCUGCUUUAGUGAUCGCUCUACUGGUUGCAAAUACUCAAAAACUAUUGUCGUAAAAAACUGUGGAUCCUACUUCAUCUAUAAACUUUUUCACUCACCUGGUUGUAACUCACGCUACUGUAGUACAGACUGAAUAUGAAGCAAAUAUAUCUAGCGUAGAAGAGGACUCAUAAAUCGCUCCGUAGGUACAUGUGUAUAAGGUUUUUGACAUUUGACGUAGCUAACCUUUCUUCUCUAUCGAGAAAAUUAUCAGAAGAUUUAAACUUUGGUGGCAGGCAGGUAUUUAUUUCAUUACAAUGAUAAUUCUCGUCAGAUAGCCUCUGUCAUCAAAGACAGUCGAAGGAUCUUCAACGUAAUCUUCAAGGUAAUCUCUCAAGCUGAUGGUUUUCGAGCCUUUUAAUUCUGUAUUUUGUAAUUGUAAUACUAAUUGUAAUUGUGUAUUUUUUUUAGUUUAUCUCUUUUUUAAUCCUUCUUUAGCUGUAAUUAUUAACCGUGGUUAUUUUAGCGCAGGUCGGCGGAAUUCAACCGGGCGCUAUCUUACGAUAUCAGCAUGGAAAAAAAAGGAAAGACAGCCAAAAUCUGGUGUCCCAUGAAAUUAGUUAAAGUCAACGUAAUAAAUUCAGUAUUUUGUGACUCAGUAUUUUGCAACUUUAAACCAAUUUCUAGACACACAGUAAGCAAAAUUCAAUGGUUCAGCCUGUCGUAAACGAGUGUCAAAUGUGUCCGAAUCGACCAGGAUUCAUUCGUAGUGGAUCUCUCACAUUUCAGACUGAUUUUGAAUCCAAGUUCAAGCUCUUUUCGCAUUGGCCUCAAAUUUUUCCUACACAGCUUAUUUAAUUAUGCGCGCAGGCACUUUUUUCAUUGAAGAUGAAAUAAGUUGUAUAAGUAAUCAGGCGUUUCGAGUGCAAUUUGGGAGAAAUCAGUACGAGUAAAUUUUCCAAUGCUAAUCAAAUUACAUAAGCCCGUAGGGCGAAUGCAACUUACAUGUGUAUGAUUACGUUUAAUAACUGCAUGUGGCUUUUAAAAGUUGAUCUUCUUUUCUAAGUUUAAUGUUUGCCAACAACAGAAACACGCAAAAAGAAAAAUACACGAAGCUGCGAUGUGCUAAAACUAAGACUCAGAGUAGUAUAGGCAAGUUUUUACGUGUUGUAAACAACUUUGUACACCGUUAAAGCACAUCACCAACAAUUUUUCACAGAGAUGUUCAGUUUGAAAUCAAAAUCACAGUUUCUCGCUGUGGAAUUUUCUUUGUUUUAUUCUGCAAAAAUAUUCAAAGGAUCCUAUGAAAAAUAAUAAGGGCAGGAAAGAAAUCCACAAUAUGGCAGAUAUGAUAUUUCUUUUCUAAGAAAAGUCCUCGAAUCAUUUGAUGUUGAUUUGUCUAGAAUUUUAAAGAAGAGACCUGAGCACAAAGCAAAUGGGGCAAAGCGAGGCGAGUUUAUCAACAACGUGUCAAAAUAUAGAAAAAUCGUUGGUGGUCUUUUCAAGGGGAAGUGAUAUGAGCUGGGUCACUUUGUGGCUCAGCUUCUUGAGUGUGUAAGUAGAAGCUAAGAGUAUCGUGUAUUUUUUCUCAUUAUUUAACAAAAACUGCGUAUCUCUUUGUAAAUAGAUUUAACUUGCAUGGACUAUUUUCAGCUAAGUUUCAUAACAUGAACCCGAGAGUAAAUGUUACGGGCUGUGUAAUCCAUUGUCCAGUGUAGGUUCUCGAUACCAUUCAUCUGAUGAAAGGUCUUGUGAAACACUCUUCAAAUUCACAUGAUAGGAAUCGCGAAAGAGUAGCUCUCACCAUUUUUUGACGGACUUAAUAUAAAUAGCCAGGAAAAAUAACAACAACUAAAAGGAAAUGUUCGGGUAAAUGCAUGAAACCAGCACCCAGAGAAGUUAAAUUAGAGCAUCUUGAUUAAAUUGCAUGUAAUUUUCACAAGUAAUGUUAGAAUUCAAUUGCCAAUCAUUAUUAAAUAAACAAAUUUUAAAAAAAAAAUUUGCAAAAAGGCAUCUCUCGUUGUUUCUACCUUUUUUAGUGCUCAGAGGUGUGCAUUAAUUUGCUAUCCACAGAGGGGGUGGGGGGGGGGAGUUUCUUAACAAAAGAACAAUAGGAGAAAUUAUUGUUAUCUUUAGGAGCUAAGAAUAGUAAUGGAUACCUCUUGAAUUUUGUGCAUAAAAUGCUUUAAGAAAAAUUCAUAUUCAAAUUCCGCUAGUGAAUGAGGUUACUAAUAAAAAGUGCAAACGCACUGGGCGGUUAAUUUCGCACGGUUGGCAUAUUUUUUUCCAUAUCUGGAAACAGUCGGAACUGUUGCUGAAUAAAGACUGGUAAUGAAACCACGAUCGGGAAUUUUGCCAUCGUCUUUCAUUGCUGGAUUGCAUUAUUCAUCUUGUCGAUGUCAUCUGUUUGGUAGAAGGAAGUGAAUAACGUUUUUGUACACCACUAAUGUGAGUGCAAAUGCUGGCGUUAAUCUAAAAAAAAAAUCAAACAAACAAAAUACAGUAAAACCAACAAUGAACGUGUUCGCAGAGAUUAUGGUUUCUGAAUAUCUUCCACAGUGCCCCUUAGCUGGAUUUCCGAAACUCGGGAAAAAAAAAAACGGGGAAAACUGCAAAAACAUACACGAACACAUCAGAUGGAGCACAAAAACUUGUGAUAAGGAUGAGUAUCUUGAUAAUUUUAUAGUAUUCGAACAUAUAACUGAUGAAAACAAUGACAUGACAUCUUCUUUAUAAAACUAACUUCGAAUUUGAUAGCCUCUUAAUGUAUCUAUCACCUGUCUCUUCUUCCCAGUUUCUCACAGACAAGAAUGUACAAAUAAGUUUAAACACCCUAUGGGGGUAACUCGUCUUUUAAGACCCUUUUAUUUACAAAGCACCAUGUAAAAUUAAAGAUGGGAUCCCACUAAGCCUUUCUGGACAAUUCUAGAUUAUGUAAAACUUGUUACCAAAUCUACUUCUAUCAUCAAUUUUAUCCUUAAUUCAUUCUGCCUUACCUGAGGACACUGGGAAUCAAUCCUUUGUAAAAUCCUCUUGCUCCUUCGUGCCUAAGAUUUUGAAGAGAAUCCUCCGUGAGAGGAGACCAGAAAAGAAGAAAAUACCUAUUUCAUGAAAAUGUGGACUUGAUCACUUAGCCGUAAAUGUAAGUCGAUCCAAAAACUGGAUCCGAUCCUCAAACAAGCUGGACUCAGUUCUCCGCCAAUUUCGGUCCAGUUCUCUGUCAAAUUGUUUCAAUCGGGCAAUAAAUGUACCUCCAUUCAAUGUAGAUAGAUUUGAAACUAGAGAUAGAAAGCUAGUCUGUAAUGCAUUAAAUUAGAGUUAAGUUCUCAUAUGAAGUUUCAAGUGACCUUAAAGUUUUACUAAUCUUAUCUAAGGCGCCUUUGUAUUCUACCAUCAUGUACUGAUUCUUUAGAAAAGUGAAAUUAGUGAAUAAUAAAUAACAAAAGGAAACAGUAAGAAUAGAACGAUUCUCCGAAAAAAAAAUAACUCGCGUAGAGACAACCCCAGAUAUAUUCAAUUCGUUUUGGCCAAUCUUAUGGGCACAGGAUCAAAACUUUGGCGCCGUGCGUUCCCGUAGCCAUCUUGGAUCCGUGUUUCUUGGGAGGAAUAGAAAGAGUGAAAGAGGGUGAAAGCUACUCUCCGUCUAUGAGAUUUGAUAUUCAUCCCUAUUGUAGGCUUUCCCUGGCCUUUUGUUGGUGUCCAUUUGAACUCCUGGGAGGGGGGUUAUUUGGGGCUAAAAAGUCUUUUCCUAGGGAAACCAACGCAGUGACUUGGAUGGGGCUCGAGGCUCGAGUACAGGCCACAUCAACCCGGAGUCCAGCAAACCAACCGAUGAGACCGCUGCAUCACCAGCAUGAAAACUUCAAAAAGCUUAAACUACAAGUUUAUUUCAAGCUAAUAGCAUAUAAACGUAAAACAAAAUCUAUGUUAUAAAGUUAACGCUUUGCUUAUGAAUCUCCCAUUCUAACCUGAAGUCUUGCUCUAACCACUUGAUAAGGAUAUGUCGCUGUUUCCGCGAAAAUUUUCGACAGUGAAGCCAUUACAAGGUACUCUGUUGAACUCUAUAAAGAAAAGGAAAAUUGGCAAAAAUAAAAUUCAGGAGAAAACUCUUCAUAUGAAAAAAGCUUUAAUAUCUUUUCAGCAUUUCAGAGUGAUUUCCAAGAUGACUCACGAUUACAUAAUAAAACCACAUGUACAACGAGUUAAAAAGGUUGUCGUUUGGGCGUCAGCUGUGGCUUCAAAAUGCUGAAGCUCGUCAUAGAGGGCGACUACCCACUUUCACAAUCAACAAGCAUCCCACACCCUUCCCUCUGUCAUGUUCUCCCUUUACAUUUGCCAAUGACCAUUACAUGUGUUUGUAUUAACCUUCUACACCAUAACAUCAGUAUGCGUAUUCCCCAUACUGUUCUCUGUACAUUUUCGAAGGUGCUUAUUCUUAUGUUCUCCAUGUGAAAUUCAGAGGUGAUAUUAUAAACCCCCUAAACAGGUAAUGAUAAUACUCAAACUAUCAGGUAGAACUUUUUAUUUUGAUAACACCAAAUUUUCCGAACUAAUUUACAUAGAAAUGUGUAGCCACUAGAAGGGAGAAUUAACAAUCAAAUCUUAAGAGUUAAAGGGUUUAAUUAGGCUGAAUUAGAUUUGCAUGGUCGCUGACUCUAAGACUUUGUUUUGUUUUUACUCUUUCCCUCCCUUUUUCUCUUUUUGGUUGUUCCCCUCCUUUUUUAGCUGGUUCAAAAACCAGUGUUGGCUUUGUGCACAUCUGGAGACCAAAACAUACAAACUGUGAUAAAUGUACCUCCAUUUAAUGUGAUAGAUAUCUACCAUGCGAUAUCACAAUGAUUAGCAUUAAGUCCCAAAACUGAAUAUAAGAGAGAUUACUGUGAUUAUAUCAUACAGACCUAAGAUUGCUAAAGUUCUUUGCAAUCAGAGUGCCGGACAAUGAAUCGGUCAAAAAAUACAGCCCAAUCUUUUGAAUACAGUUUUCAAAUUAUCCUUUCAACGAACACUUGAUUUCCCACGACUGGAUUUCCCGUGCACAUGAAAAGUGAAUGUAUAAAAAUUAAAGUCUAAAUACAUCUUUGUUAAUUCCAGCUGCAAUUAAGCACUGGAGACAUAAGCAAGUUUUAAGUUGGCUUAAAUAAGUUGGCUACAGUAUCUCAGGAAUAGCCAAAAGAUACUUAAAUUUCUCUUCAAAGUUGUAGGCUAUUGUUAUCAUAGAGGUGAAUUGCCAAUCAGGUGACAUGUGUUGAAGGCCUAAAUGUAAUGAAAUCCUAAAUGCAAGAACAUUUAGCGCUAACUGUAAUAAGCCUCCGGUGCAAUCGUUUAACUCCGUCAGCGCAUUGUCGUAGCGGACAUCCACGUUAAGAUGUUAAAGUGACAGCUGUUGCACCAAAAAAUCCUCUGGUCAGUAUUCAUGUCACAUUGCGGGCUCGCUGAUAUCAAUCAGCGUCUUCUUAUUUGCUAGAGUUAAGUCGAAAAGCAUUGGUUGCAAACCGUUAAGCUGAUGCUAAUUGGCAUCAUAUGACAGCUGGCAAAACAAUGAGUACUCUGACCAAUACCUCUCUAUAUAUCGCGGUCAGGUGACCGAUUCUGAGAACACCUUCGAGACGUAGAGAGAAUUGACAAGGACGCAUCCAAGCCAAUCGCUAGACACUUAAAUCUUCCUUAUCAUUCUAAAAAGCAUAUGACAGUUUCGGUCACUUCCUUCUUUUGUUCAGUCACAUGUCACACAUAAACUAUGGUAAUAAGAUUGAAAAACCCCGCGAAAAAACAAGGAACCCAGAAAAAAAUGAAAGCGAGGCUGUAUUAGCAUAAAAUUUUAUUAUGUAUUUAGAUGAUGGCCAUUAAUAGCUUUCAGGACCUGUCAUUUCUCUCACUUAACUUAGCCAAGGUAUCUUCGCAAGUUAACAUCACCAAGUAAGCACAUCACGGGAUAGGUGUUGCAUCUUAAAAGUAAGCCAAUUUUCUUCAACCGAAGAGAACACUCCAUGAAUGAAAAACUACAUUAAAGCUAUUUGAAAAAUACAAGUUCUUCCUUAAGAGUAAAGAAAAAAGGGGAAAAAAAUGUCGGAACGAAUUCUAUGUGAUAAUCCCUCGCAACUGAAGAAAGCUUAACUUUAAAGCGAUUAGUUUUGAAUUUUAUAAUCCUCGUAAAGGAUUUGCUUUUCCCCUUUUUUUCUGCUGACAGGUAACAUGUUAAAAGUGACUUGAUAAUUCUAAUUCUCCAACUAACAGAGCAAGAAUUUCUUUUUUUAAAUCGACGGAUUCAGAACUUUACAUCAUUUUUUUCAAACAAUCUGUCCAAAAAAGAUGUUCAUUCACAUUGGAGAUUCUCUUUAUCAGAUCUCGAAUUUCACGUUUGCAAUGCAGUAUAAUCGAUGUGAAUAUAACAAUAGUAUUCUUCUCAGUGAAUAGAAAACCUUUAAAUUUUGAAAUAUUGGCCAGAGAAUGAAGACGUUCAAAUGGCUUUUCUUUUUUCUACUUUUUACAACUUUGGACGACUUUCUUUGCGGCGCAAAGUUUUGAAACAGUUUUCUUUCUUUAAUUUGGCACGAAAGAGAAUUCGCCGACAUGACAGUUUAUAAUCUGACUUAAAGUCAUUGCGGGAAAAAACAAACAAACAAACAAAAAAACUCAACGUCAUUUAACUAAACUCGCAAAGCCACAGAAUUGAGAAAGGGAACGAAAACUGAAUAGUUUCUUUGAUAUCAGCGUAGAUUUAGAAGGCCUAUUUGGUGCACCGUUUUAUUUUCUCGCUGAGUGGGAGUUGCUGUUUCACAGUAUUUUUGUUUUCAGUCAUUUGUGGCGGUGAAAUAUCGCUUUCCAAAAUCAGACACUUUCACAACAUGGCCAAAAUUUAUCGCAUACAACAUUAAAAAAACACGAUAUUUCCACAGAGGCAAUUUUUUUUAAUAUAGUAGCUACUAGCAUGAUCCAUAAAAUAUCACCUUUGAUUGCCAUCCAUGGAAGGCCCUUGCAUUUGUUUUAAUACGAUGAUGCAAUUUAUGGUCGAGUUCCACUUUGGUUCUAAUUUCCCUCGACAGUUUUGAGAUUUUGCGGUGCCUUGAGAGAGAUCAAAUGAAAAAAAAUGUGCUAAAUGUCGUGCGGGAAUUUGCUUUAUUCUCUAUGAGUAGAGAGCUGGAGCAGUCCUUAAGACUAACAUCUACAUUUAAAAAACGCAAUUGAUCGCGUUGAUGUACGGUUUCGGCAAGAACGGAAUCAUGAGGUUCAAACUUUUCCCUCAAGUUUUGAUAACGGAGUUGAAUAAAAAUAUAUUUUUUGGGAAAAGUAGUAAGAGGAUAAAGUUCAAAUUGCUUGACUGGUCUUACUUCUUUUCUACUUUGAGAAGUUGAAUCUUCAAGACUAAAUUAUCUUCAAGCUGCACAGGUGUUCUCAGCCGGUAGGGAUUUGCGUCCACGGGGUGUCCUGCAAUAAAAACCCCAUAGGGAGGUUUGGGAAAUUUCCAUUCUCCAAACUGAUAAAAAAUAAAUGUCUUAAUCCAUCAAAAUUUCAAACUCGUAAUUUUUUGGUUACGAAACCAACGUUAAAACAAUUCUUUAAAGGACUUAUUUCGGACUCAAGUUUCAAUGCACAGGGGCUGUACUACUUGGCGACGAUUUCGACGCAAACGAAAAUCAACAGCUGGAAGAUUUGCCACAGUCCAAUUUUUCCCGUGUACCUGAAAGAUUUCUUUUGUCGGUAUGGACCAAUACAAUAACUGUGAAUUUUGUACAUUGAAAAUUAGGCCCACUGUUUGUUUUUGUAGUGAUUAAACGCAUGUUUUCAUCUUGAGUGCGUCAUCGCACUUUACGACUCUUAUUCAAGGAUUGUCGAGGAUUUAUUCAUUGAUAAAGUCAACUUUUCUUGUCGGUUAAGGGCUAUUGUAUUUUUAUAAUAAACAAAAAAACACAUGGUUGCUCGUAGAUAUGAAAUUUCUCUUACUGUGUUCAACUCGACAUCUCAUCUCAAAAAAUAUCUUUCAAGAACAAGGCGAAAAUUGGCCAGUGGCAAAUCUUUUAGUUGUCGAUUUUCGUUCUCAGCUGGAUUGCAGCAUUUGUAGAAAGGAAGGUAAAAAGUUACAUGACUAAAGUUACAGUACUUUUGCCAUUUUUAUCUUAUCAAAACCAUGAAAUUAAAGCUGUCAUGAUGUGCAUAGUCGUUCUUAAUUUUGGAUGAUGUCGCAAACAUGCAUGUAUUAUCACCUUCCAAUAUAAAAAAAGAAAAAACACAAUUUAAUCCAUGACGUUCAGGGAUUCUUUUCAUCCAUGUUUUAAGAAUGCAGAACUUCUUUUUGACGCCAGUAAAUGCAUGCGUUGUCAGUGUGAUUCCAUUUUGUUAUUUUUCUGUCCAGCGAAGUGCGUGUGUUUCAUUUCAUCAUAUAAGGAUUCCUCUAACGUUGUUUUUUAUCUUAAGGCUGAUGCAGAUUCCACGAAAAUCAUCUGUGUUUUAUUUAUGCCCUAAUAACGCUUUAGAUACUCAUACCAUUUCGAGAAGUUGCAACAUUUUAAAAUAGAUUCCAGUUUUUUUAAGGCUGUUACACUCAAACAGCGCAUUUUUAUUCUCAACGACAAAUAGGAACAAGAAAUUAAUUAUUAAGAGCAUGAGAGAUAUUGACUAUUGUGACAGCAACUACUUUCACAAGAAACAAGCGCCGAUGACAGCAUCGUUUUCAGAGGGUUUUUAUUUCUCAUCAAAAACUCUGGAGGAAGCGUGCUACAUGCUAUAAAAGGUAAGCCAGUUUCUUUAGACGUUAGCAAGUUAAAAUCUGAAUAUGAGACAUUUCAUUUUUAAAUGAUUAUUUGGAAAUAGUAUGAUAGUUUUCCUUUUUUAGAAAAAAAAAAUAUAUAUAUAUAUAUUUUCCGAAAAAAACUAAGAUGAUAUGAUCCCCCUCCUCUGACGUCUGAGGUCAGCGAAACUGCAUUCCUUGCAGUUAUGUAAUAGGAUAGGAUGUAGGAAUUACCAUAAUAUCUCUAAUUCUUUAACUAACAGUGAAAGGAUCUUUUAAGUCGACGGAUUCACGACGUGACCCUUUUUAUCAUCAAAUCUCCAAUUUUAAGUUUGCAAUGCAGCAGAUAACCUUUAAAUGUUAAAAUCUUGGGCAGAGAAUGAGAAAAGUUAAAAUUUUCCUUCCUCUUGUCGACUUUCUACAACUUUCUACGACUUCCUGCGGGACGCAAGAUUUUGGAAUAGUUUGCUUCUUUAAUGUUGCGCAAGAGAGAAUUCUUCAAUGUGUCUCUUCUUAAUUUAGUUUAAUCAUUGAGCGAAAGCGUCGCAUUCAACAUUCAUAUCCUAACAGUGUGCACGAGGUUUGUCACCACGCACAUAGUUAGACAUGUCUAUCCGCCGUGAUAUUUUUUUUUCUCUGCUGGUUGGCUAAGUAAGCCACACUUUCCAGUUUCAGUAUUUGUGGGAAUGGCGUGGAAUUCAAGAUUCCUGAUCUUCCUUGCCUUUUUGUAUCUCAUGAACUUCGCUACUGCUAAAAAGCAAUGCAAGACAGAAGUUAGCUUACCUGGUAUGGCUCUCAAAGGAUUCGUCUUCAAAAAGGUCCCAGUAACAGCUCCUCAUGUGUGCGAUAUCACCUGCGAGAGGGAAAAGAUAUGUCAAAGCUACAAUUAUGUGAUUGGGGAAAAGUCCUGUGAAUUAAACACCCGAACCAAGGAAGCAAGGCCCGAGAAUUUCCAGCCAGAUGAUUUACGCUUUUACAUGGGACGCGUUAGUGGUAGAAGUAUGUAUCCGGUUUUGUUUAUUUUCUAUACAAAUCUUUCUCGAUGAGUUCUUAGUGAAAAACCGCCACUUUCCUAGGGCAAGUGUCUAAUUGCUUUGUUAUUAAAUAGAGCCAGUGUCUUAAAGCAAAAUUCGCCCUCCACACUACAUUAAUAUCAACUAAACUUCACAGAUCUUGAUUAUUAUUAUUUCAGGUUUAUCUUCCCCGGACAAAUACACUUUCAACUACAAUGUGUUUUGCAAUUUCUAUUACCCUUAAACUAUUAAUUAAGUAAUGUUUAUAUCGUAGCCCCCUUAGGAUCUAUUCCUGAAUUACCAGCGUUAUCGUGCCAAGAGAUAAAAUUAAGUGAAGGUGACGACAGUAUCAGUAAAAAGUACUGGUUGGAUCCAGCUAAUGUCGAGAGUUCAAAGUUGGUUUAUUGUGACAUGAUUUUGGGAGGUAAGUCAGUAUCAAGAACAGAAUUACUUUACACAGUGUUUGGUCUGCCUUUGCCCUUGCGUUUUUGUGAAAUGUUAUCACCUUGUCUCAGUGUUCUCUCUCGAUUGAUUUCCAAUUAGACAUCGAUGAAUGCAAAGGCAGCAAUAAAGUUUGUGACGAAAAUGCAAACUGCUCCAAUACUGUUGGGUUUUAUAAUUGCACCUGCAAUGAAGGAUUUACUGGGGAUGGAUAUUCGUGCUCAGGUAAAAUA